GCUCAACAUUUUCAUAGGAACUCCAUUUCCGACAACCAAAGAAAAACCCCAAACCACCUCUCUCUCUCUCUCUCUCUCUCUCUGACCAGUGACCAUGAAGGAGAACAAUCCUUACACAACUCUCUGUCUAUGCCUCUUCUCUCUCCUCCUCGUCUUCAACCUCGACCUCUGUCUCUCCUCCUCCACCUCCUCGCCCGCGUCGGAGCUCUUCGAAGCCUGGUGUAAGGAGCACGGCAAAACUUACUCCUCCGAGCGGGAGAAGCUCCACCGGCUCCAAGUGUUCCAAGACAACUUCGACUUCGUGGCCCGCCACAACAGCAAUGAGAACUCCUCUUACGCGCUCGCCCUCAACGCCUUCGCCGAUCUCACUCCCCACGAAUUCAGGUCGUCCCGGUUGGGCCUCUCGAGAGCGGCGGUCAACGCCGGGCGGCCGCGCAUUCUGGGGCACGGGCCCGGCCACGUCGGCGACGGCGACGUUCCUUCUUCCGUUGAUUGGCUGGAGAAAGGGGCGGUGACGCGCGUCAAGGAUCAAGGAAGCUGUGGGGCUUGUUGGUCAUUCUCAGCCACAGGGGCCAUUGAAGGAAUCAAUAAGAUCAUUACGGGAUCUCUCGUGAGCCUGUCUGAGCAAGAGUUGGUUGACUGUGACAAGACAUACAAUGAUGGCUGCGGUGGUGGACUCAUGGACUAUGCAUUUCAGUUUGUCAUAGAUAACCACGGAAUAGACACCGAGGAUGAUUACCCAUAUCUCGGUCAAGAAAGGACCUGCAACAAGCAAAAGCUAAGGAGACAUGUGGUGUCAAUUGAUGGAUAUGUUGAUGUGCCUGCAAACAAUGAGAAAAUGCUGCUGCAAGCUGUGGCUAAUCAGCCAGUAAGUGUGGGUAUUUCUGGAGGCGAGAGAGCAUUUCAGUUGUACUCAAAGGGUGUUUUCACGGGUCCAUGUUCAACUUCUCUGGAUCAUGCUGUAUUAAUAGUUGGGUAUGGAUCGCAAAAUGGAGUUGACUAUUGGAUUGUGAAGAACUCAUGGGGAUCAAGGUGGGGAAUGAAUGGUUAUAUUUAUAUGCAACGUAAUAGUGGAAAUGAUGAAGGCUUAUGUGGCAUCAAUAUGCUAGCUUCUUAUCCGACUAAGACUAGCCCAAAUCCUCCUCCCCCGCCAGCACCGGGUCCCACAAAGUGUGAUCUUCUCACGUAUUGUUCUGAGGGAGAAACUUGCUGUUGCAAGUUUCGCUUUUUUGGAAUAUGCAUUUCCUGGAAUUGUUGUGGGCUCGAUUCUGCUGUAUGCUGUAAGGAUCAUCGGCAUUGCUGCCCACAGGAUUAUCCUGUAUGUGAUACAACACGCAACCAAUGCCUCAAGCAUUCUGGGAAUUUUACAGAAGCAGAAGCCCUCAGAAAAAGAGGUUCUUUAAGGAAGCAAAGCAGUUGGCAAUCCAUAGUAGAGGGUUGGAUUUUGUAGUCUCAACAAGCAUUACACAAUUCUCCUCAAAGUUGCAUACUCGUGUGUAUGUAAAGAGGAAUAGUAGAUGUCUAGCUAAAAAGAUGGCAUCAGUUUGCAGGACUAAACAAGGUUUUUUGAAUUGGUUGAUAAUGUGAUAGAUUGAUUUUUUAUAUUUCUCAAUGUGUCCAAGGUGCUGUCAUUUCAGGAGGUUUUAGGUGUGUGUGGAUUUGAAGAACUCCCAACUGCUAAAUCAAAGCGGAUUCAAAAAUUGGGGAAGACACGUGAUUGACAAAAAAGCUCGAAAAGGAAGUCAGCUGAAUUCUUGUUUCUCAAGUAACAAUACAGAGUAAGCAUUAUAUAUGCGGCACUCCAAGACUUCUGCAGUGAGUUGAAACUCUACUACAGAGCGUGAUUUAUUUCAUCAUUUUGGGGCGGGUGGGGGUUGCUUCAGAAUGAGGUUUUUGGUCAAGAUUUACCUUUUGUAAAGUUUGUUGGAUGAAAUGAAGAUAGUUUGGCAAAGCUGAAGGAUUCUCCAUUCCUCUACUAUGUUGUGCGCCGGUCUUCAGGAGGACAGAAACUACGCUUGCAUCUUUUGAUACUUUGGUUUGUGUAUUAUGAAUAAUCAGUUAUUUCUUAGAGGGAAGUGAAGACAGUCUAACGUCUACUUCUACAAAAGUUCUCUUUGACGGAUCUUGUGACCGUGCCAUGCAAUGAGUUCCGUAGACAGACCAGGUCACUCAAGUCUCAAUGAUGCGAUAGAUGUUAGCAAGAAAUGAGCAUCACCCAAAUUUAGAGG